ACAGCUGUGUGUGUGAGAGUGUGUGUGGUGUGGUGCGGUGUACAUUUCCCUGUCCACUUACCAGCUCUCUCAUUUCACUGGUAGAGGACUAAGGGACUCAAGGACAUCUUCCCAUCCAGCGCUGCCAGAUAGCCACAGAGCAGUACUACUGUAGACAGCCUGUAUCAAUAUCAAUUCAGCUGAGGUGUGAUUAUUGCUGGUUGAAAACUCGGAUCAGAUCAACCUAUCAUCUGCCACCAUGGGAGCCUACAUUGCCAAGAUGCUGCUGCCCACCGUUAGUAGCCUGGUGUUCCUGCCUGCAGCCAGCGUGGCCACCAAGAGAGGCUUCCACAUGGAGGCCAUGGUCUACUUCUUCACCAUGUUCUUCACCACGAUUUACCAUGCGUGUGAUGGGCCAGGCCUCUCCAUCAUAUGUUUCAUGAAGUAUGAGAUCCUGGAGUACUUCAGCGUGUACGGAACAGCCAUCUCGAUCUGGGUCACACUGAUAGCUUUAGGGGAUUUUGAUGAGCCAAAGCGUUCUACUCUGACCAUGUUUGGGGUUUUGACCUGUGCUGUGAGGAUCUACCAGGACCGCUGGGGCUAUGGGAUCUACUCUGGACCAAUAGGAUCAGCAGUAUUCAUAAUCACUGUCAAAUGGUUACAGAAAAUGAAAGAGAUAAGGGGCCUCUACCCCGAGAAGAGCGUAUACACCCAACAGGUGGGACCAGGAUGCUGCUUCGGUGCCCUGGCUCUGAUGCUCCGCUUCUACUUUGAGGAGUGGGACUACGCUUAUGUCCACAGUUUCUACCACCUGUCUAUGGCCGUGUCCUUCGUGCUGCUGCUACCCAAGAAGAACCGCUAUGCAGGGACAGACAACCCCGCCAAGCUCAGCUGCUACACCCUCCUCUGCUGUACACCUUUUCCUGCUUCUACGAAGGAGAAGAAGGACAAGAAGAAGACCCCGUCUCGAACCAUUUGGACCAUUCCCACUGAGCGGCCUUGGACACGGGCCUGCAACUCACCAACUCUCCCUCUGUUCAACCCACCUAGUACACCUGUUAAGAAAGCACUGGACAUCAACACUACACCUGUUAAGAAAGGAUGGGAGAUCAUCAACACUACACCUGUUAAGAAAGCACUGGACAUCAACACUACACCUGUUAAGAAAGCACUGGACAUCAACACUACACCUGAUAAGAAAGCACUGGACAUCAACACUACACCUGAUAAGAAAGCACUGGACAUCAACACUACACCUGAUAAGAAAGCACUGGAUUUCACUACGCCUGUUAAGAAAGGAUGGGAGAUCAUCAGUACUACACCUGUUAAGAAAGCACUGGACAACAGCACUAAAACUGUUAAGAGAGCACUGGACUUCAGCUGCACUAAACCAGUUGAGAAGGGACUGGACAUCAGACUAGAUAUGAGCAGCACUAAACCUGUUCACAAAGGACUGGACAUCAGCAAGCUCAAAGAACAGAAUGGGUGGAAGUGACCCCACAAGACAGAUAAACUUUUAUGAGUCAGUUGGUCUUGGUGAUGUCCAGAGAGAAAGCAAAUAGAGAGAGAACGAUGUCAUACAAUACAGGGUUACAGGAACACAGACAUCAUCCACGAAGGUCAGACCCUGGCCUGUGCCCUCAGGGAGACAAAGAGUAUGGCUGUCUCUUCUGUCUGUACAGAAAACAGGAGAGAAGCCCUUUACUUCAAAACAUGAGGAGAGUGACAGGGAGAAGGGUUCCUGAGGCAAGCCAGUAAAACUGACUGGAAAAUUUGUGAGUAGCACAGGCGGCAGACAUUUUUUCUCUCCAAGAUGAAUAAAUUGUCUUUCAAAUGUUUCUCAGGAGGGACCUUUCGUCUGCUGCUCUCUCUCUCUGAGAAAGGAACUAUGCAGUUAAAUUCAGUUAUGAAAAUUACAAGAUUGUAAAAGCACAUUUUACUCGCUUUAUAUAUCCCCUAGGUGCCAAACAUGUCAUCUGGUGCAUCAGACAUUUGAGUGCAGCAGAAUCCGGUCCAGACACUAGACUGUAAACCAACUGCAGCGUUUUAGAAUGUUUAGAAUGAGGUGGCAGGUAUUUAUUCCAGUAUAUUGAGUGACCAAGCAACUUCGACUUUGUAUCCUUACUUUUCAGCCUCACUCUCGCUAACCGUUUUUAUGAUGAACUUUACAUAAUGCUUAUUUAUUGCAAUGGGAAGGGUUUUAUUUAACCAUGAUGGUUUCACUAUAAUGUAUGUAAUUCUUUUUCAAAUAAAUGGUUGAUGUUUCCUUUGAUCU